AAUGCCGGCACUUUCACCAACGUGCUUUUUAAAUCGCAGUGGGUGCAAAUCGAUGCGAUCAUCAAGGCGCUGGUUAUUUCACUGAGUUAGAUCGCACGACAUUAUAGCCGCUUAUAAGCUGGUCGCUUUAACUGUAAGGAAAGGCACCUCCUCCUCUUGUGUUGUGAUGAAAUGCUGGAGGUAAUUCGCAGUCCCGUUUCAUUGGGCGCCUCCCAGUCAGGAGGUUGUGCCGAGAGCGCUGCUGAUACGAAGGCCGGGCCUCCUCAGCCAACGACGGGCCGGCAUUUGCGGGCAGGGCCGGCACAUAAAACUGCGGGGAAUGCGCUCCCCCCCUCGCCCCCCAUGCUAAGAAGCAGAAAGUUUUCUUACACCGGCAAUACAGGGAAGCUAGCAUCGAGCUCCAGUAACUUCACAGCACAUAUAAAUUUAAGGAAUAAAUAGUGCGUUGAAUUGGCUUGAAUUGAAUUAAUUCCAAAGACAAGUCUCGUGUCAAUUUUGCAUACACCUGAACAUCACUAUGAAGCUUAAGGGUAUUAAGAAGCCAGCCUUUCCAUGGUUUGGGAUGGACAUCGGUGGGACCCUGGUCAAGCUGGUGUACUUCGAGCCCAAGGACAUCACGGCGGAGGAGGAGAAGGAGGAGGUGGAGAACUUGAAGAGCAUCCGGAAGUACCUGACGUACAACACAGCCUACGGCAACACGGGCAUCCGCGACGUCCACCUGGAGCUGAAAGACCUGGCCAUGUGUGGCCGGAAGGGCAACUUGCACUUCAUCCGCUUCCCUACGCAGGCCAUGCACCGCUUCAUCCAGAUGGGCCGGGACAAGAACUUCUCCAGCCUGCACACCACGCUGUGUGCUACCGGCGGCGGGGCCUACAAGUUCGAGGAGGACUUCAGAAUGAUGGCUGACCUGCAGCUCCUGAAACUGGAUGAGCUCGACUGCCUCAUCCAGGGCCUCUUGUAUGUUGACUCGGUCGGGUUCAACGGCCAUCCGGAGUGUUACUUCUUUGAAAACCCGUCAGACCCGGAGAACUGCGUCAAGAGGCCAUGCAGCCUGGACAACCCCUUCCCUAUGCUGCUGGUGAACAUUGGAUCUGGGGUCAGCAUACUGGCGGUCUAUUCCAAGGACGACUACAAACGGGUCACUGGGACCAGCCUGGGGGGUGGGACGUUCCUCGGCCUGUGCUGCUUGCUGACUGGCUGCGAGACGUUCGAGGAAGCCCUGGAGAUGGCGGCCAAGGGGGACAGCACUAAUGUGGACAAGCUGGUGAAAGACAUCUACGGAGGAGACUAUGAGCGCUUCGGGUUGCAAGGGUCAGCGGUGGCAUCCAGCUUUGGCCACAUGAUGAGCAAAGAGAAAAGAGACACCAUCAGUAAAGAAGACCUUGCCAGAGCCACCCUGGUCACCAUCACCAACAACAUUGGCUCCAUCGCUCGCAUGUGUGCUGUGAAUGAGAAAAUUGACAGGAUCGUUUUCGUUGGGAACUUCCUCCGGAUAAAUAUGGUGUCGACAAAGCUGCUGGCCUACGCCAUGGACUUUUGGUCAAAAGGACAACUCAAAGCCCUGUUUUUGGAACACGAGGGGUACUUUGGGGCUGUUGGUGCCUUCCUGGAACUGCUGAAGCUGACUGAUGAUUUGUGAGGGAAAACGAGGAACCUGCCUCAUCCGAGAAGCUGCUGCACGGCUUUGAAGAAAAGCCAGCAUAUGAAAUUUCAAAAAGCCAUUUUAAUAAUUUAACGAGUGUAAAUAGUUUCGAUUUAUUUUUUUUUCCUCUCUCCUCUUGUUUCCUUGCUCCCUUAAGAUUUUUAUAAACUAAUUUAAAAACACCGAUGCAGUCAGGAGACGAGUUGGAUCUCGGACAUCACACUUUCCUGGUACUGUGUGUAAAUAUGUAUUUUUAGAAUGUGUGCCAAAGCCGAACUCUGACCUUCUGUUUGUUUAUAUUUUGGUUAUAUUUGAUUGUGGUAGAUUUAAAAACUGUGAGGACCUAUAUCAAGAAAAUGGACCUAUAGUUCCCUAGCUCUGUGACACUAUUCUCCUUGCUUUUACUCUGUCCCUCAAGAGGUGUGAUGAGAUUAAUUGAUCUCCUGUUAGAGAAAUGCCUCAAAAGUAGCUGUGACGAAAAGCAAUAAUUUAAUUUCCUGUAAUUUGCUCGAACGUAGUCCACAUUAGUCCUUUAGUGUCUGUGCAUUGUCCCCCCCCCCCAAACACCCAAGGAAGAAUGUCCUGGUCAUAUGGAAGGUGGAACUAAACUAGACGCUUAAUGUUCAGUUUUUGUUCCCUCUCAAAGUUCAGAUAGUUCAGUCUCAUCCCACAUGCCCAGUGAGAGUAAGGUGCAGAUCUUCUACCAGGGGUGUCCACAUAGCGUAUCACUAACUUUGCCAAAAAGGGGUCCGUUUUCUUCUUUCUUCUGAGGUGUACUUUUUAAUCAAAGUGUGAAUCUUUUUUUUUUUUCCCCCUUUAUGAUGUUGUUUUUUUUUUCCUUUGUGACAAGUACCCCCCAGGAGAUUUUAUUCAGACCUUUUUGGUUGAUUUUCAUGACAUUUCAUGAUAGUAUCUCGGUUUCAAGUGAAACUAAAAAGUUGGCUUGUGAACUACGCUCACCUGCCUUGUUCUUGUGACCUUUCCUCAUCACCUGAACUAGUGAGUCCGACUGACAUCCUUCACGUUACUGUACAGAGCAUUUUGUUCUUUGCAUAGCUGGUGGUUUCCAGCUGUAACCAAGAGGGGAAGGUCGAUCGCUCGCAAAUCGGCACCUUUGCCAUUUUAGAUGCGCCGUUGGACAUUAGCCACGGGAAGGUUGUCAUUUCGAGAAGAAAAACAUUGACUGUAUGGAGCUCGAAAGUAGGAUUUGAGCAAGUGUGUUGAUUAGGGGUCGGGAAGGUUUUAAUGCACUGGAACUGGAGGAUUCUGGUAAGGUGUUGGAAAUACAUGUAGUAUGGAAAUCGCCUGAAUUAGAUUGCUGGGUUUAAUGUACGUUGACUUUUUUCAUUAAUUUCUCUUAGCGUUUAUGUACACCACGGUUCAGCUGCCUUUUUUGAUUCUUGGAAUCCGCAACGAUAUAUAUUAUUUCACACAAAAACCUCAGAAUGCUGCCGAUUGCCUUGAUUAACAAAAAAGAUGUUGCAUUUUCUUCCUGACUUUAGGAAUGGAUGCAUUAGUAAUUUCACUGUCAACUGCGUUAUACUUUGUGUGGCUUUACGACUUGAGUUGAAUUUGUCGGUGUGUCCUCGCAUAGGCACAGCGUACUUGGCCAUCUGUAAUACCAAACCGAGAUUACGGUGAAUUACAGUUUUGGUCGUGUCUGUGUAGGUGAACUGCUGUCGUCUAGCCUGACUGUAGUUCCGAUACCCUCGUUUAAAGCAGUGAGUCUAAAAGGUCUGCUGCCUACACUCACUGCAUUGUAAAAAUAUUUUGCACAUAACACUAACGUCAGUGUUUUUCCAAUUAAACUCUCACAAAUUGCAGCUUUUAAAAGUCAUCUUUUUAAAGAAGAGAGAUUAGGCAAGUUUAUGCAGAAAAUAAAAGUAUUAUACUGAUUGAAUGGAAAUUUGAUCCCCCCCCCCAAGAACUAUACAUGGAUUUGUGUUUGUAGUUUGUCGUUAUAUCUGUUUGCCUUGACUGCUUACAGCUUUGAUGUGUGUGUUUUUGGCCUUACUCUAAGGUAAACAAAACACCUCUGGGAAGUUCAAAGAACAGUAAUAAGCAGAGCUAACUGCAUUAUGCUUUAUUUAUUUUUUAUUUUAUAUACAGCCCAGCCUUCUCUUGAGUUUUUAAACCAACGAGCAGCUACUCAGCCAGAUAUCUUGAAGACUUUGUAUGUUACUGUCAGUGUGGCAUAGACUUUUAACCCUAGUGUUCAAGCAGCCCUGGGACUAAUGCAUUCUAUACAUUUUGCAAUGCGUUGGAACCUCCGCAGUGAUGCUGGGGGCCCGUCCUGAGGUGGUUCAUGGAAGAAACAUCCAAACUGCAAGCCCAUGACUUAUCAAUAAAACAAACUUGGGUUUGUUUAAUCGUCAGAGGAUAAAACACAGCAUGAACUUUUUAUUAUUUUUUUUUUUUGUAAAGGCCGACAGCCUUGCCUGUAUGCCGAGUGCCAGUACAGAGAAAUUAAAAACCGCCAUUCCGGAGUAGGUUUAAGCUGAUUUUCCAUUUUACGCAGUUGUCUUUGUCCUUAUCGUUUUGAAUCCCUGCACUUAGUGACGAUGUCACUGUGAGCAGAUGCGACCGGCAUCCUCUGCAUUUCUGUCUUCAAGCAGUAAUCUUGCCUAGGUUACCUAAGCUAUUAAGUUCUUUAGUCACGUUGUACUUCACAACACAAUUGCUAAUGCUCCUGGCUCACCUAUUUCAAGAUGCGUGGAAAAUAACAUGGAAUACGAAGCAAAAUGGCACACAACGGUCAAAGGACCAGAUUAAACAAAGACCUUAAAUUAAACAUCAUUUCCCCACUAAACCUUAACGACGUGUUUUGGGUGUGAACCGAAUGGCUCUCACUUUAUUUCUGUGUGAGUAGUUUUUUUUUUUUUUUAUUAUUAUUAUUAUUAUUAUU